UUCCCAACCCCUCCGAGUGUCGCCAUGGCCCCAACUCUGCUCCUCGUCCCUGCUGCCCUCGCCUCUUUCAUCCUGGCUUUUGGCACCGGAGUGGAGUUCGUGCGCUUUACCUCUCUUCGGCCACUUCUUGGAGGGCUCCCGGAGCCUGGGGGUCCGGAUGCCCGCCAAGGAUGGCUGGCUGCUCUGCAGGACUGCAGCAUCCUUGCCCCCCUGGCUUGGGAUCUGGGUCUCCUGAUACUAUUUGUGGGGCAGCACAGCCUCAUGGCAACUGAGACAGUGAAGGCGUGGAUGUCUCGAUAUUUUGGGGUUCUUCAGAGGUCACUGUACGUGGCAUGCACUGCCCUGGCAUUGCAGCCCCUCAUCCUUUCCCAGUUGGUGAUGCGGUACUGGGAACCUGUACCCAGAGGCCCUGUGUUGUGGGAGGCUCGAGCUGAGCCAUGGGCCACCUGGGUGCCCCUCCUCUGCUUUGUGCUCCACGUCAUAGCCUGGCUCCUCAUCUUCAGCAUCCUUCUCGUCUUUGACUACGCCGAGCUCAUGGGCCUCAAACAGGUAUACUACCAUGUGCUGGGGCUGGGUGAGCCUCUGGCCCUGAAGUCUCCCCGGGCUCUGAGACUCUUCUCCCACUUGCGCCACCCAGUCUGUGUGGAGUUGCUGACAGUGCUGUGGGUGGUGCCCACCCUGGGCACUGACCGCCUCCUCCUUGCUCUCCUCCUUACACUCUACCUGGGCCUGGCUCACGGACUUGACCAGCAAGACCUCCGCUACCUCCGGGCCCAGUUACAAAGAAAACUCAACCUGCUCUCCCGGCCCCAGGAAGGUGAGGCUGAGUGAAGAGCUAGCCUGGUUCCAAGCCCUGCACUUCCUCUCCUUUAACAUCCAGGCCCUGGCUGCUUCAGACCAGAGGCCCAAAUCUAUGGACUGAAGGGGCUGUCCCUUCCCUUGUUUGAGCCUCCACUCCUUGGGUCCAGCUCCAUACCCUAAAUUUUGAGUUUCAACCACUGGACCUCCAAGAUCUCACCAGCCAGGAAAAGGAGGUGGGAAACUUAUGUCU